AUGUCACCAAACUCCCAGUUCCCCUCAACACAGUACAACAACACACAAUCUUCACAAUUCUUUCAAACACAAUAUCCAUCCCAUGGCCUAAGUACGCCGCCCAUUUCUCCAGAAAAGCUUCAACCUCAACUGCAAACUGGUGAAGGACCUAGCGCCAAACGUGCAUUACACACGCCCCUACUAUCUCACUUACAACAAAACACAGUCCGUACAAUGCUCUCAGCUUCGAGGCAAAUGUAUCUACAACAAAAGCAUCACCAACAACCAACAUCAGCCAUUUUGCAGCAACAAGUAGUACCAACUUUUAAUUGCUAUGACUGUGGAACUCCUGUCUCAGACGACGAGUAUGUGGUGGCUCGCGAACACACGUGUGGAGGAUGUGGUAACGUGGUGUGUGAACGGUGCUCGAUUUCUGGAGCGCUGUAUAGUACUCAUGAUGUGGAUUGUUUACGGUGUUUGGGCAAGUGA